AUGCAGGAUACAUAUCAGGAUGAUCAAAGUGUCGUUGAAGACACUAAUUUCAUAACAACUUCACCAACACUGAAUCAUUUAAAGGAGUAUAAUCUACUUACUUCUGCUAUAGACAAGGUUUUAUCGGUAAAACUGUUUGCAAUGAUCUAUCUAAACAUAAUUACAGCUUCUGAUCUAUUCACUUCGUCAAGGUUAUUCAAGAAUAAUAAGCCAUGGCACUGGUUUUUGCACAAUAUUCUCACUCCUACUGACACAAUGUUCAACGAUGUUAUAUUGGCAAAACUCGAUGAUGUUAUCAUAAAGAAUCCAAUUUUGUAUAAAAUAGUCUCUUUUAUUUUAAGAACCGCAACCAAUUGGUUUCUGAAACCAGUUUUACUAGUGUCAUCCCCAUUAUUAUAUAUUUCAUCAUACAUCGUAUCCAUUUUUUUGAAGAGAGCACAUAAAGGUAAUGAAAGCAAUAGAAAUCCUGAUACUUCAGCGAGUCAAAACACUUUGAAUGAAAGAUUUGAUAAUUUGGUGAAACCAUCAACUCCGUCAACUUCUGCUACUUAUCAAGUUGUUUCGGUGGAUUAUAAAGCUCGUCUCAACGAUCCGGUCUCUUUUAAAGAGUAUCAAACAUCUAGCCCUUACGAUCCUGUCAUUUCAACCAGUAAUGAAACUACGAUUAAUAGUCAGGAUGAUAUGUAUGAGCCAAAUCCUGAUACCUCAAAUUCUAUUAAAAGUAGAAGUAGCUCCAAAAAUAAGAGAUCUAAAAAGAAGAAAGACAAGCGUUACUCAAGGUGA